AUGGACGUGUGUCUGAGCUCCACGCAGCAGUCCGGGAGCCUUGGGGGAGGACUGAGAACCCCAGGUGGCUGGUUAGAGGCAGACAAGAAGGGGACUCUUCAGGAAGAUGGCAGCAGGGGACCCCCAAGAGGUUCUAACAAGGAAGAACCAUCUCUUCAUAGUCUCCAGACAUUUGUUCCUACAAACUAUUCCAGUUACACUCAAGAGAACUAUCUGUAUGCAGGCAAGGAGAUCAUCAUUCAAGAAUCAAUAGAGUGCUACGGAGCAGUGGUGUGGCCGGGGGCUACUGCUUUGUGUCAGUACUUGGAGGAACAUACAGAGGAACUGAAUCUCCAAGAUGCAAAAGUACUUGAGAUUGGUGCUGGACCUGGCCUUGUUUCCAUUGUGGCUAGUAUUUUAGGGGCGCAAGUUACAGCAACGGAUCUGCCUGAUGUCCUUGGAAACCUUCAAUACAAUCUUUUAAGAAACACCCUGAAAUGUACAGCACAUUUGCCUGAAGUGAAAGAACUGGUGUGGGGAGAAGAUCUGGAACAAAACUUCCCCAAGUCAACUUUUUAUUAUGAUUAUGUUUUGGCCUCUGAUGUGGUCUAUGACCAUUACUUUCUGGACAAGUUGCUCACCACCAUGGUAUACCUUUGUCAGCCAGGAACAGUGUUGCUUUGGGCAAACAAGUUCAGAUUCAGUACUGAUUACAAAUUUUUAAGUAAAUUCAAGGAAACUUUUGAAACAACACUUUUGGCUGAAUUUCCAGAGUCAUCAGUCAAACUCUUUAAAGGAACACUAAAAUGGGAGUAA